CGGCUGUCAAGAUUCCGGGAAUUGUUUACCUUCCCGCAGGAUCGGAGCCGGAACCGGUUCGGGAUGGAAUCGAAGGACGAGGAUUACUGGAACGAUUCAACCAACAAGUCCUUUAACUUCGACGAGGACGAUGUGGCCGUGCUUGAGGUACCGUCCGGAAAUGGUAGCAGCAACAACAAACGGAGUCUUUUCGGCGAGGACACACCGUCGGAGGUGGCUUAUGGAAAUGCACAGACCGAGCUACCGCUGCACAUGGUGAUCUCGGAUGAGAAUCUCGAGUUAAUUCUGCAGGAACAGUCGCGAAACGAAAUGACCAUACCCAAAGGUAUUACGCUCGAGGAGGAAGUGAAGCUGUUGCGGAAAAAGAUUCAAGAAUUCCGGUACGCACCAUCAACGGUAUCGGUUCUGCGGAAACUAAUCCUCGGGCAACCUUGCUCGCUGGAAAUGUUCCGCUCCAUGUCAGAAAAGGAGCAACUCCUCGAUCAGGCGAUCGCCUCGGGUAGCGGAAACGCGAUCUUGAAAGUGCUACUCUUUCUCGAUCGAACGCUGAAGAAGAAACUUUUCUACAGCCUACUACAGAUGCGUCCGGAAGCUGUGCAUCAUUAUGUGAACUAUCUAGCGCUUCGCCUGAAAGUAACCGAGUGCACCGAUCUACUGGUAUUCCUUGGAAGACAUCAUGAAGCCAGCCUGCUACAAUUUUCCAUAUUCGUCUGCAGUACAUCCAAUGUAGAGUUUAAGCGCCAACGACUGAAGAAGAUUUACGGCGAUUACUUCUCACAACCGGGAUCGAACUCAUUCUAUGCCCAACUAGUAGCCAACUACAUUAAUCUUCUUGAAUAUCAAUCAAGCGAACUGCACGCUACUGGUGGGAGUAAAGCGGCGGUGGAAAUUCAAGACAAAUCGGUUCUGGAAACCCUCCACUACGUUUGUGGAAAGUACAAGUGGGGUGACACCUCACUGCAAACGAAUGACAAUCCUUUUAAGCUGGCCGAAAAUCAUCAAAUAUCGCAGGCACAAUUCGAAUGGAUCGCUCUCAACGAAAGAGCGAAACAGCAGGCUUGGUUGGAUUUUGAUCAUAUUUUCGAGAAAAAGGCUUGGCUGAAUCUCAAGCAAAAAUCGUUCAAAUUGAACAUUCCAAUCGAUCGUACGAUCUUACGCCUGCACGCGCUGCACGCACCAGAACCCGUGAUCAACACAUUCCUGGCUAAGGUCGAGGAUCCACAGCGAAGGUUGGCUUUGGCUCGGAGAGUGAACUCAAAGCAUGGCACCAUCGAUGCCAUGGUUCUACUGAAAGAUCGUGCCGAGCUGGAAGUUUAUCGAAGCACUCUGGAAAGCGGCACCGAGGAACGGUUGUACGCGGAGAAUGCUCUGAAAUCUCUGAACAACACCUGGAAAAGUGAUGCAAUGAAACUCAUAAAAUAAACGAUGCUCUGAAAUCAA